CUACGUGCCAAAACUUGCUGUCACGUUUUUCCUUACACUUUCUCGCUGUCGUGUCUAAAUUUCUCAAUUUUCUCUCCAAACUUUUCUGAGAAAAUCUCAACAUUCAAAUUUUCCCCUAGAUUCUCAGUGUUCAGUCACAAAACCCGAAAGGCCAAACCCCACGUUGCCUUUGCUUGAUUUCACCUGCAUAAUCUUGAUUUGAUUAGAUUAGAUCCUGACCAUUUAGUCUAAUCAAAAGCAUCAACUUCAUUUCCUUAUUAAUCUUUUUUUUAGUUCCCCAAUUUGUUUGCUUAAUCACUGUUUCAUCACCUACUACAAGCCCUUAUUCUUAAUUUAUUAGAAUUUCUUUUGAUUGGUGGUUCCUGAUUGAUUGAAAGAGAGGAAAAUGACGAUCCAGUCUUCACCGGGAAGUUCCAGUUACUUGCCGGGAAGUUCAGGGUAUUUGGAUAUGUUUCCGGAGAGACGAAUGUCGUAUUUUAGUAAUUCCUAUGUUAUUGGAUUGACUGUUGCUGCUGGCAUUGGUGGUCUCCUUUUUGGCUACGAUACAGGUGUAAUUUCAGGGGCUCUCUUGUAUAUAAAAGAUGAAUUUGAGGUGGUUAAUCAGAGUAGUUUUCUACAGGAAACCAUUGUUAGUAUGGCAUUGGUUGGCGCAAUAAUAGGAGCUGCAGCCGGCGGUUGGAUCAACGAUGCUUAUGGACGCAAGAAAGCUACCCUUCUUGCUGAUGUUGUAUUUGCAGCUGGAUCGGUUGUUAUGGCAGCUGCCCCGGAUCCCUAUGUUCUUAUAUUGGGACGACUUUUUGUUGGCCUGGGUGUGGGUAUAGCAUCCGUUACUGCUCCUGUAUAUAUUGCAGAAGCAUCUCCAUCAGAAGUAAGAGGAGGGUUAGUGAGCACAAAUGUUCUUAUGAUUACUGGUGGACAGUUUCUUUCCUAUCUCGUAAAUCUUGCUUUUACUGAGGUCCCGGGAACAUGGAGGUGGAUGCUUGGAGUUUCUGGUGUACCCGCUGUGGUUCAGUUCUGCAUUAUGUUAUGCUUGCCAGAGUCUCCUCGGUGGCUUUUCAUGAAGAACGAAAAAGCUAAAGCCAUUGCAAUACUUUCUAAAAUAUAUGACAUUGCUCGGUUGGAGGAUGAAAUUGAAAACCUUUCUGUUGCUGAAGAGGAAGAGCGCCAGAAAAGGAAUGAUGUCAAAAUCUCAGAUGUGUUCAAAUCAAAAGAAAUUAGACUUGCAUUUCUUGCUGGGGCUGGACUCCAGGCUUUUCAGCAGUUCACUGGAAUCAACACGGUCAUGUACUACAGCCCAACCAUUGUGCAGAUGGCUGGCUUUAGGUCCAACCAAUUAGCACUUCUCCUGUCCCUCAUUGUCGCUGCCAUGAAUGCUGCUGGAACUGUUCUUGGCAUUUACCUUAUCGACCAUUUUGGGAGGAAAAAGUUGGCCCUCUCAAGCUUAACUGGUGUAAUUGCAUCGCUUGUCGUUCUGGCUGGGGCAUUUUUCGGCAAGUCAUCUGGUUCUUCAAAUGAACUCUUCGGGUGGAUUGCAGUUCUGGGUCUAGCCUUGUAUAUUGCUUUCUUCUCACCAGGAAUGGGACCUGUUCCAUGGACUGUGAACUCGGAGAUAUAUCCCGAACAAUAUCGAGGAAUAUGUGGGGGCAUGUCAGCUACUGUGAAUUGGAUUUCCAAUUUGAUAGUAGCCGAAACUUUCCUUUCAGUUGCUGAAGCAGUGGGAACAGGUUGGACCUUCGUGAUUCUCGCUUGCAUAGCAGUGCUCGCAUUUGUGUUUGUGAUUGUGUAUGUCCCAGAGACCGUGGGGUUGACAUUUGUUGAAGUAGAGCAGAUUUGGAAGGAAAGGGCAUGGGGCAGUGGUUACAACACAGAAAGCCUUCUUGAACGAGGAAAUGACAAUUGAGUCAUAGCAAGUGUUGUUUGCACAGCAUGAUAAUAUGAGUCCCAUAUGUGUAGGUUUUCAAAACAAACUGUGUCCAUUGUACCUAUAAGUACAUGUGCCUGUGGAAACAUUUAUCAUGGAGAUGCUUUGAAUCCAAACCCCCUGCAUGAACACAAGCCCCUUUUUUAUGUCACGGGGCUUCAUAAUUAGAACAUGAGGGAUAGGACAUAAAAGCCUGGAGUGUGAAUUCUUGUGUAAACAGGCGUGGUUCGCCCAGUAUUCAAGGGAUGAGCCCUUUUUCUGUGGUU